CGUUCGCCGGUUUUUUCCAGUUUUCCCGUCCACAUCACCUCCACGUCACCUGACAUACCAUGCCCGCUCACGUGGCAGGGCUCCACUGUGGAAUGGGCUGUUUCUUGGAUUUUAUUCUCGAGCCAUAGAACCUCCAGUGUAUAAAUGCCAUCAUCUCUGGGCGAGCCAAGUAACUACACUCCAGGUACCCUCCCCCAAUUAGCUUAUUAGAUUGACUCUAAACACUUCAUCCUUCCUCCUCGUUCUUCGGCGUGUUCUUGGAAUUUUUUUUCCUGCUGGCCUCGCUCGAUCAGAAAUGAUCCAACAAGAGCAGCAGCACCUUGAUGUCAUCUCCCAGAUCCCUCCAAAUCCUCGCGCGGUGCUGUUCAUCGCCCACGAAGGAAACGGAUCGCCGCUCACGUAUUGGGAGCCGCAGCCGCAGCAGCCGAAUUGCACGGGAGUCCCCGACCACGUCGCCAUUGUCAAGCACGCCCUCAGCCGCGGCUACGCCGUCAUCGCCAUCAAGAGCGUCAAGAGCUUCUGGCAGGACUGGCCGCCGCAAGCCUCGCAGGACGCUCACAACGUAGUGUCCGUCCUCGUCUCCUGGACCGCGCAGCACGGCCUGGAGCGCGCGCCGAUCGUCGGUCUCGGCUCCGGCUCCGGCGGCAACUUCCUCUCCAUGCUCGCGCUCACCAUCAAGUUCUCGGCGCUCGUCUUGAUGGUGUCCCCGGGCCUCCACAAGGCGCUGGAGCGAGCGAAGAUGGCCCCGGCUUCAACUUAUCCUCCGGUUCUGUUCGUCCAUAUGCCGAAGGACCAGACCACCGCGUCAAAGAUCCACAGUCACGAGCAGCUGCUGCGAGCAAAAGCCAUACCUGUUGCUCAAGUCUGCUGCGAGGAGUUCCCGAUCGCUCCCUUCUACUUUGCUGCGCACAUCCCCGGCUUUGGAUCCGAUGCCUCCACCAAGCUCCAUGCAGCGAUGCAGGCCGAGGGCGUCAUCGACGGUUUGGGACGUGUUCUAUCGGCUCCCCGGCCUCCGGAUGUCUGCCUCAUGCUCGAGAAGUUUGAUGUUUUGCCACUCCAGAGGGACGACCACAGCUAUGCGAGGCUCCUGGCUGAGCACAUUCACUCGCUGAUGAGAGUCGCGCAAGGCCGGCAUGCUACCACCGGGAGAAAGUGUCCGGAGAUUUUCAACUGGCUCGACAACCAGGUGUGGGGGCAUCCACUUCUUCCAAAUUUUCCACAUCCAAAGCCACCACCAAUUGCCACCUCGCAGCAUCGGCUGCCGUUUUCGAAGUUCCAUCACGGGAACUGA